AUACCGGAAGUAGACAGAGUGAAGUGGUUUUAAAUUUCAGCUGAACAGUCAGACUCGGGAGACGUUUAAGGACAGCUGAUCAGGGUAGAAGUACAUCAGUACUCCCUGAUGGCUAAAUGGGGCGAAGGAGAUCCUCGAUGGAUCGUCGAGCAGAGAGUAGAUGGAACCAACGUCAACAACUGGCACUGGACAGAGCGUGAUGUGAGCUCCUGGUCCUCAGUCCUCCUCCGUGAGCUCCUGCUGGGGGUCAGUCUGGAAGGGCCGGAGGGCGUGGUCCAGCUGACGGAGGUGACCAAGGUGGAGGGGGAGUCCUCCAUCAACAACCGCAGAGGGAAGCUCUUCUUCUUCUAUGAGUGGCAGCUGAGGGCCAGCUGGCUGGGGACGACAAGCGGCGGCGUGAAGUUCAGAGGAACCGUUGACGUGUCCAACCUCUCGGACGAGAACGACAUGGAGGACCUUGACAUCUCAGUGUCUCUGUGCAAAGACCAGCCCGACACGCCGCUCCUCGACCUCAUGAAGAAGUGCGGCGUUCAGGAAGUCCGGAGGGCUCUGGGCGAGUUCGUCCUCCAGCUCAAAUCAGAGUUCAGUCAAGGAAUGAUCCUUGCUAAGGUGGCCGACCAACCGCAGCUACCUGAACCUCAGACCCAGAAGAAACAGAUCUGUAAAGCUCAGAAAAGCCCCACCCCCAGGUGUUCCUCUGGCCCUGCCCCCUCCUUCCCAGGUGUUCCUAUCUCAACCUGCACCUUUAAUCUGACGGAAACCUUCCAAACCUCUCCUGAUGAACUAUACAGGACCUUCAUCAGCCAGGAGGUACUAUCCAGAACAGAUAUGGUUCGUGCAGGUGUUUACCCGGUCGGUGGCGGAGGUGGAUGGGCGGCGUGGAGGGAGGUUCCAGAUGUUGGACGGGAGCGUCAGAGGAGAGUUCACACAGCUGGUACCAAACCGAAAGAUUGAGAUGAGGUGGCGGUUCAGAACAUGGCCCAGCGAACACUACGCCGCCAUCAGGCUGGACCUGGAAGACCGAGGAGGCGAGACAGAGCUGAGGAUGGAGUGUCGAGGAGUACCUGAAGGGGAGGAGGACUCCACCAGAGAGGGCUGGACGCGGUUCUACUUCCAGGCAAUCAAACAGGUGUUCGGAUACUGAGAGACUCCGCCCCCUGGAGCUUGUCUGACUGUAGCUUAGCUUAGCAUGAAGACUGGGAGCAGGGAAAGUGUUAGCCCAGCUUCAUCUGAAGUUAAAAAACAAACAACCAUUUUCCAAAAUGUUAAAGUUUGAAUCGUGUGAAUAAAGUUUGGACGGUU